GAUGAUUUGUAUUAUUUUUCUGUAUAAAUAUGAGUAGAAGAAGUAUUAUUUAUAAUAAUUUUAAUCAUUUAUUAUUUUAUCUCAUGUAUUCUUAUAAUGAUAAUUAAAAAGGAACGUAGAGACUAAUUUCUAAGAAACCUUUUGAAUUGGUCUCGCACACUUUGUUGGCAUGUAAUGUGGUGUGGAAAAUUAAGUAUAUGCAAUUAUAGUCUACUUUAUUGGCAAAGAAAAGUUAAAAUAAGAAAACCUUAAGGGUUACUGGCCCACACUACUAUUAUCUUUUCCUUUGGUCAUCCGCUAAAACCGAAGAGUCAUUAAACCAAGUCUUCCGUAGUCAACGUCCAAAGUCAACUAAGCAAAGCAGCUGGUGAAGAAUGAAUGAAGAUUCUGCUUACAUUAUAACUGUUUUAAGCUCAUAAUCGUACUAGUGACUGUAGGUGAUUCAUGAUGGCCUCAGUUUAUGGAUUUCUCUUCCUUUUGUUUUCACAAGUCAUGUUGCUAGUUGUGUUGGUGAGUGGAGAUGAGAAUAAGUACGAAGAAGGAGAGUGUCCACCUUCAUUUAGUUGUGGAUAUCUUGGCAAUAUCAGCUUCCCUUUCACUACAACUGAACACAAAGACUGUGGCUUAUUGCCAAUACAAUAUUGUCAUGAAUCUAUGAUGAAGCCCAAAGUGAUCCAAUAUCAGUAUAAAGGGAUAUUGUUUGAGUUUGAGGUUGAAGCUGUAAUCCCUCCUUUGUUUCACGCUGGUGGUGGUAGUGUUUCUUCUACUUGUAUUUUUAGAGACAAACAACUCUACAAAUUACUUCAAGACAAAAAUUGUGAAGCUUUCAGAUAUAAUUUUACUUUUCCUCCAACCCCUGAUCACUUUGUUUCUUUUAACCCCGAUACUUAUACGACCUUGUUCAUGUGCAACCAUACCCUUCAUGUCAACCCUUCAAAUUAUAUGCAUAACUAUACACACUGUUCUCAUUACAAUAUCUACUACCAGCCUCACAUCAGGGACGAUAGUGCACCUCGCAGUGCUUUUACAGCUUGUACAAAUGUCAAGCUUCCGAUUAAAGACCUCGCUGACUCUAACAACCCUUUUAAUUUUGUGACUGCUGAUAUCUUAACUGAUAUGAAGAUAACAGAUGAAUGUGCACAUUGUCACUACAUGCAAAGAGGACGUUGUCAACUUGACAUCAAUGGAAGGUUUUAUUGUGCCAAUGUUACAGUUACAAAGAAAAAGGGGCUGAGUCAGAGUGUUAAACUGGGUAUAGCUGUCAUGGUGGCUAUUGGAGUUUCCGUGAUGAUGUUGUUGGCUUACUGCAUAAGGACAAAGAUCUUCCCUCCCAUAUUUCUUUUGUUCAGGAAGGAGAACUCAACCCAUCAUAUUAUUGAGGAGUUUUUAAAAGAACAAGGACCUCUUCAUGCAACUAGGUACAAUUAUUCAGAUAUCAAGAAAAUAACAAACUCUUUUAGAAACAAAUUAGGCCAAGGAGGUUAUGGAAGUGUGUAUAAAGGGAAGUUAUGCGAUAACCGUAUUGUUGCAGUGAAAGUUUUAAGUGAAUCAAAAGGUGAUGGUGAAGAUUUCAUUAAUGAAGUUGCAAGUAUCAGUAGAACUUCACAUGUUAACAUUGUUAGACUUCAAGGGUUCUGUUUGGAUGGUUCUAAAAAGGCAUUAAUAUACGAAUUCAUGUCUAAUGGAUCUCUUGAGAAGUUCAUAUAUGAAGAGAAAUAUCCAGUGAAGGAUGAUCACCAAUUGGAUUGCAAAAUAUUGUAUGAUAUUUCUGUUGGCGUUGCUCGGGGAUUAGAGUACUUGCACAGAGGCUGCAACACUAGAAUUUUACAUUUUGACAUAAAACCUCAUAAUAUAUUACUAGACGAGGAUUUCAUUCCUAAAAUUUCAGAUUUUGGACUUUCUAAAAUAUGUCCUAGGAAAGAAAGCAUUGUUUCCCUAUUUGGUGCGAGGGGAACAAUUGGAUAUAUUGCUCCAGAGUUAUUCUCUCGAAGUUUUGGUGGGGUGUCACAUAAAUCAGAUGUCUACAGUUAUGGAAUGAUGGUUUUAGAAAUGGUUGGCCGAAGAAAGAACAUCAAGGUUGAAGUCGAUUGUUCAAGUGAGUUAUAUUUUCCACAUUGGAUUUACAAGCGACUUGAAUUGAAUCAAGAUCUUGGACUCAGGUGUAUUAAAAAUGAAAUUGAUGAAGAAAUGGUUAGAAAAAUGACAGUGGUGAGUUUAUGGUGCAUACAAACCGACCCUUCGAGUCGUCCAGCAAUGCAUAAAGUGGUUGAAAUGUUGGAAGGGAGCCUUCAAGUGCUGGAGAUACCGCCCAAACCCUUUCUGUGUUCUCCUUCAACAUCUUCAAUUCAUUUAUCAUCAACUUGUUUAUCAUCUGAAAUAUUGUAAUUUGUGUGGAUAUUAUGAUGCAAUGCAGAGUAUGUAACACUAGAAAAGAAUGUCAUGAUAAUUCACAUAUAAAUAAAAUGCCACGUUUCUAUCAAA